AUGAACUUUGAGUCUCUUGACCCCAUGUUGCGUGGCGAGGCCACCCCUGAACCCACUGACAUCGACAUGCGUGACGAUGACAAUUUUGGCACUCAGCUGGGUGCUAACCCGCCAGAUGCCAGUCACCAGGCUGACCACCGACGAGAUAUUGAUCCGGAAUCUGAAUCCGACUUGUCCGAACUUCCAGACGAUCCUCUGGAGUUCCUUAGGAUCUUGCAGGAUACUGUAUUCUCGCGAGAAAAUACAAUGGACUUUGCCCGUCGGAUCUUUGCUUCAGAAGGCAUUGCUACCGGCCACUUCACCACCGUCAUCUACCUCGAAACGCUCCGCAGACUUCAGGCUACCCCCACCGCCGGUUUGAUUGCCCCGAUCGAUUUGGCCGCGGCAAACUUCACAUUUGGGAACCACAUCCGAGGUUUCCUCCGCGAUAGGAUCCGCCAAAUCCUUACCACCCACAACGUUGACGCUUACACUCAAAACAUCAACUCCCAAGGACGCGCUAUAGAACGCACUCCUUUGCUCAUCUUGAGAGCACAUGUCGAUGCCCAAGACCCUGCAUUUUGGGGCGAUUUCCUCCCAGCCGGAUAUCCCGAAGACCAAUCGGCCCAGCUCACGGUGAUGAGGUUCAUGCGUGUUCUUUUGAAGCAUGAACGAGGCCAACUCCGAAAUUUGCUGUUGACCAACAUCAAGGCAUAUGGCCGACGCUCGAUUGAAGGCUCAGUCCCUCCUCUUAUGGACCUUAUUGUUAUAAUCGACCGGGCAAUGGCCUCCCGUGGGCGUCCUCGGCCCGUCGGAGCCAUUUGCCAGGCUUACAAUAGCACCACUAAGAUCCGAAUCGCCUUCUUGAGGCUAGCUAUGGCGGAGAACUUGGUCAGUCCCCAGCCCCUCAAUUCAAUGACGAUUUGGGAAAUCAUCGAUAGUCGCCUGGAGCAUGUCUCCAGGCAGAGAAUUGCUUAUCAACGCACGUUUAGCGAAAUGGUCCUGAUCAAAGACCGCGAGCUCUUUGGGUCGUUACCCUUCAAGGACAUCCCACCCGAAACUGUGCGCCUCCCGACCGAUGAAGAUGUUGAAUCGUCACCACUCAUUCGCUAG